GUGAAUUUUGUGGCAUGCCAGGUCUUUGCUCUGUUUGCUGCGUUGUGGUUUCGCAUCUACUUAAGUCCUGGUAAAACCAGUCCCAAUGUCCGGCACACAUUUGUCACCAUUUUGGGCAUCUAUUUUGUCAUCUUUUGUUUUGGCUGGUACUCCAUACACCUUUUUGUGCUGGUGUUAACGUGCUACGGGAUCAUGGUCACCGCAAACGUAUCCAGUAUUCACAGAUACUCCUUUUUUGUAGCAAUGGGAUACCUUACAAUAUGUCACAUCAGCCGCAUAUACAUCUUCCACUAUGGAAUCCUCACUACGGAUUUCUCUGGGUGA